CGGCGGCGCUCGGGUCCGCCUCUGACUGCGGCGCGGCGGGGCGAUGUGUGAUUACCAUGGCGAGGAGUCUCUGUCCGGGGGCCUGGCUGAGGAAACCCUGUUACCUCCAGGCUCGCUUCUCGUACGUGCGGAUGAAAUAUCUCUUCUUCUCCUGGUUGGCAGUUUUUGUUGGCAGCUGGAUCCUGUAUGUGCAGUAUUCCGCCUACACAGAGCUAUGCAGAGGGAAGGACUGUAAGAAAAUCAUAUGUGACAAGUACAAGACUGGAGUCAUUGAUGGGCCUGCUUGUAACAGCCUUUGUGUAACAGAAACGCUUUACUUUGGAAAAUGCUUAUCCACCAAGCCCAACAAUCAGAUGUAUUUAGGGGUUUGGGAUAAUCUACCAGGUGUUGUGAAAUGUCAAAUGGAACAAGCGCUUCAUGUUGAUUUUGGAACUGAACUGGAACCUAGAAAAGAAAUAGUGCUAUUUGACAAGCCAACAAGGGGAACCACGGUGCAGAAAUUCAAAGAAAUGGUCUACAGUCUCUUUAAGGCAAAGUUGGGUGACCAAGGAAACCUCUCCGAACUGGUUAACCUCAUCCUGACGGUGGCUGAUGGAGACAAAGAUGGCCAGGUUUCCCUGGGAGAAGCAAAGUCAGCGUGGGCUCUUCUUCAGCUCAAUGAAUUUCUUCUCAUGGUGAUCCUUCAAGACAAAGAACACACCCCCAAGCUAAUGGGAUUCUGUGGUGAUCUCUACGUGAUGGAAAGUGUUGAAUACACCUCUCUUUAUGGAAUAAGUCUUCCCUGGGUCAUUGAACUUUUUAUUCCAUCUGGGUUCAGAAGAAGUAUGGACCAGUUGUUCACACCAUCAUGGCCUAGAAAGGCUAAAAUAGCCAUAGGACUUCUAGAAUUUGUGGAAGAUGUUUUCCAUGGCCCCUAUGGAAACUUCCUCAUGUGUGAUACUAGUGCCAAAAACCUAGGAUAUAAUGAGAAGUAUGAUCUGAAAAUGGUAGAUAUGAGAAAAAUCGUGCCAGAGACAAACCUGAAGGAACUGAUUAAGGAUCGUCACUGUGAGUCUGAUUUGGACUGUGUCUACGGCACGGAUUGCAGAACUAGCUGUGAUCAGAGUACAAUGAAGUGUACUUCCGAAGUAAUACAGCCAAACCUGGCAAAAGCCUGUCAGUUGCUCAAAGACUACCUACUGCGUGGUGCUCCCAGCGAAAUCCGAGAAGAAUUAGAAAAACAGCUUUAUUCUUGUAUUGCUCUCAAAGUCACAGCAAAUCAGAUGGAAAUGGAACAUUCUUUGAUACUAAAUAACCUAAAAACAUUAUUAUGGAAGAAAAUUUCCUACACAAAUGACUCUUAGUUCAUUUGGACAUUGUUGCCAUUGUAGGAACACCACUUCUGAACAAUUUUGAGCAUUUAAAAAAUAAUGGCUUCUAAUUCAGAGAUCACUUCCCCCAGGCUUAAGUGUCAUCUUAAAUACAUGCAAUUACUGAAGGGCAGGAGGUGUAGGACCGAUAGGUCCAGAUUGCAUUCCUACCCCAUUUAGAAGCCCUGUUACAUUUCCCAAAUACAUUCACUGUGUUAACUAUUGACUAAUGACUGAAAUAAUGCUGUGAAAAGCCUCAUUCCAUAAACAUCAAGUGUUUUGUAGACUUAUUAGCCAAAUUACCAUUGCUGGAAAUAUUUGCAUUGAAGCUGCUGUUUUAAAAAGAUUUAUACAUAAACGUACUAAUGUCUUAGCAUGGUAAAAUUUGCACAUUAACUGAAGUUUAAGACUGCGAAGCAGGUAAAUUAAAAUUACUCCUUUACAAACAGAUGUUGGGUUAAUAGCAUGGUUUAUUGUAGAGUUACAUUUUUAACCUCAGACAUCCAAUGUUUUAUGUAAGCUUCAGAUUGUUUCCAUGACUUUUAGCUCAAGAUUUUUGUGGCUGAAAUGCACACUUCUAAUUAUCCUAUUUGAAGGCUCUGUCCUGUUAUCAACCAGCUGACUGAGCCCUUAAAAACUAACCUCAUAUGAUCAGCCCAGUUCAGAUCCACAUAUUCUGAGCUAGGGUAUUUGUAACUCUAGGGACAAGACUGAAGUCCCAGGAGACUCCUAGAUAUCUCUCUCUCAACAGCAUUUCCUGUGGGCCAAAGGGCUAUUUCUCAAAUUGGCAUGUAAAUUUACUCAUCAAACAUUACCACCAGUGAUAAGUUUAAUACUUGUUCCUCUCAUGUCAUUUUCCCAUGUAAAUUCAGGCCCUGGCAUGUACCUUUCAACAUCUUCACAAAAUACAACUCCUUUUGGAGAGGUCUCACCUGGUUCAAUAUAAUGUGUUAAGUCUAUGUGACCUUCAUCAGACAAUUUUCUCAAAAUAUAAAGCCAUGGAUUACCACCAGUUUUGUAUGCUUUAGGUUUGUAUACUUUGAGGGUACUUUUUCUUCCCACUAACCAUCUGGU